GAGGCAGGCAGGGGAGGCUCACGUGGCAGCUCCGGUGGCGGCUCCGGUGGCUGCUCCGGUGACGGGCCGGGAGAGUCGCGGGGAGAGCGCGGCUGACGGAAGACAAUCCAGCUGUGGUCUCCAGCCUGCAAUUUCAAGGCCUCUUCCCUGCCUCUCCUGGGAGCCCUUAGACCUCACCAGAGAGCACCAUGGGGAACCACUUGACCGAGAUGGCGCCCACUGCCUCCUUCUUGCCCCACUUCCAGGCCCUGCACGUCGUGGUCAUCGGGCUGGAUUCAUCUGGAAAGACCUCUCUUCUUUACCGCCUGAAGUUCAAGGAGUUUGUCCAGAGCGUCCCUACCAAAGGCUUCAACACAGAGAAAAUCCGGGUGCCCCUUGGGGGGUCCCGCGGCAUCACCUUCCAAGUGUGGGACGUCGGGGGGCAGGAGAAGCUGCGGCCACUGUGGCGCUCCUACACGCGAAGGACGGACGGGCUGGUGUUUGUGGUGGACGCUGCCGAGGCUGAGCGCCUGGAGGAGGCCAAGGUGGAGCUCCACCGAAUCAGUCGGGCCUCGGACAACCAGGGUGUGCCGGUGCUGGUGCUGGCCAACAAGCAGGACCAGCCAGGGGCGUUGAGCGUGGCCGAGGUGGAGAAGAGGCUGGCGGUCCGCGAGCUGGCCGCUGUUACGCUCACCCACGUGCAGGGCUGCAGCGCAGUGGACGGGCUGGGCUUGCAGCCAGGCCUUGAGCGCCUGUACGAGAUGAUCCUCAAGAGGAGGAAGGCUGCCCGGGGCAGCAAGAAGAGACGGUGACCCGACGCCGCCCCCUUCCCACCUAAUAGGGGUCUGCACACUAGAACAAUGGGGCAACGGUAGCCCCUCACUCACCCCGGGAUACAGGACCUGCCCCUCAAUGAAGGACAGAGGUGCACUGGGGGUCCUGUUUUGGUGCCACUUUGGUGAAGGGGGACGGGGGAUGGGGUGUCUUUGCACAUCUCUGCCUUAUCCUCACCUCCGGAGAAGGGGGAGCUGCAGGACUGUGGAGGCUUAAAUGUAAACUGUGACUCUACCUCGACCCCCUUUCUCCUUUUUCUUCUCUGGCUUUUUAAUUGAUGUUUCCGGGGGGAUGGAAAGUUGCUUGGAGGAUGCAUUUGGGAUGAGUGAGAACUUCCACGGCUGGGGAGCCUCCCGGCAGCUUCUUUGGGGGUGUCAGUCCCAUUAGUCUUUAUUUUUGUGUCAUGUGGAAGUGCUAAGAACCCCUCCCCACAUUUGUAGACCCACAAUCCUUUUUAUAGGCCAUGUGUGCCCUUUAUUAUUAUGAUUAAUUAACUAUUUUUUAGCAUUUGUCUGUAAGUUAUUAAAGAUUGACACUAGCUCUUACCUUGGUCUGGAAUUUUCCUCUCUCCUCACCUGGCCCUAGGAUAGUACAGGAUUUCUUUGGGGGAGGGGAGAGGGACUUACCUUGAAGUUAAAUUUACAA